CCGGGCGAUAACGACGGCGACGACGACGGGGGAGCGUCGCUCGUCAGCGCCGUGUGCGUGGCCGAGGGGUUCGCCAUGGACGAGGUAACGGCCAUCCUCUCGGCGCACGGCUUCGCGCUCGACCCGGACGGGACCGGGUUCGAGCCGCACGAGGUGGUGCACGCGCGCGGGCAGGCCCAAGGGGACAUCUUCGUGUUCCCCUCGGGCACCGUCGUGACGUGGGCGCUGCCGCGCGACGUGGCCGAGUCGCUGGCCACGCGCACACUCCUGCCCGCGGCCGAGGAGCCGCACCUGCGCAGCCGCGAGACGGAGGACCUCGAGUUCGUCAAGGACCCGGACCGCGAGGCCAGCGCCGUCGUCGGCGACGAGACGGUCGUGCUGGGCACCCGCCGCGAGCGCGACGGCGGUAGCGACGGCGGCGGUAGCGGUAGCGGCGGCGAGGGAGGAGGAGGAGGAGGAGGCCGCCUCGACACCACGCUCGCCCAAAUCGCCUUCUCGUCGGGCCUGGCCCAGAGCACCAAGCUCGCGGUGCUCGAGUCGUCGCUCAACGGCUACUUCGAGUCGAUGCGCCGCCUGCCCGAGAACCUCUCGCGCGGCUCCGACCUGCGCCUCAACAACCGCCGCUUCAUCCUGCAGAAGACGGGCGAGCUCCUCAGCCUGCGCGCGCAGUUGAACCACUACUCGGAGCUGACCGACUCGCUGCCCGACAUCUUCUGGGAGAGCCGCGGGUCCGAGCGCAACCUCGAGGGCUACUUCGACCAGGUCGGCAAGGCCCUCGACGUGCGCGUCCGCAUCCGCACCCUCAACGAGAAGAUGGACUACGCCCAGGAGAUGGCGAGCGUCCUGCGCGAGAUGUCGGCCCAGAAGCACGGCACCCGCCUCGAGUGGAUCAUCAUCAUCCUCAUCGCCGUCGAGGUCAUGUUUGAGCUCCGCCGCGUCUACAUGGAGCAGCACGACGAGGUGCCGUCGCACCGCCCGCGCCCGAGCGCCGACUCCGGCGUCGACUCGGCAUAGCAACAAACCGCCCCAUAAUCUGCGUUGUGUUCUCUCUCUCCCCUCUCACCAUGCAUCUUGUCGCCUGUAAUGUCACGUCGAGACAUAUCCUCCUAUGCUCUGAAUGAUACCCACACUUUUCUUUCUCUCUCUUCUCAUUCCCAAUGCUAGGCGAAACCCAAAAUCUCCUCCCGAGGUGUCUGUAUGUAACAAUACCAUGUGUCAUAACCAAGGCUAUUCGCAAACCUGCA